AAACUCUAUAUCACACUCAAUAUCUAAAUUUAGCAUUUAAACUGAUAUUGGAAAACUUGUUCUUUUAAAAUUUCUGCCAGAUGGCAUUUUUAUUGUGAAUUGCCGAUAGAAUUUAAAAAGCACACACGUUCACUCUCCACAUAUUUGUGGUUCAAUUGAAUUUCACGCUGUUGAUCAUCACCAAUACAUCAAAGUUGCGUUAGUUUUGAACUUGAACAUAAGUCUAACUUCAGUACUAUACAACUGAAGUAUUACUAACAUCCAUUUAUACUAGUUGCUCAAUAGUUAGUGACACACUAGAUUAGAACUGAGUGUACAAAUCAAGCGAUCGACCAUGGCAGAGCUCAAUUUGUAUUUUGCAUCAAAGUUCGAUAAAAUCAUCGUUCAAGCAAGUUAGUAUUCAGCAUUAAUUUUACCAAGAAGUGGAAUUAUCUGUCCUAAGAGCCUCUAAUUACCCAUGGCUACGUGAGGUUAAUUAACUGACUACACAUUUUUCUUAACCAGCGUUUCAUUAGAAUUUAUAACUCAAUUUCUUGGAAGUCUUACAGCAUCAAAAAGCAUGAUGAUUGAUCAGAGAAAUCCGAAAACAUCGCGAGCUGAUUGCACUAGCGGUUGUAGAAAACAAGCGAGACUCUAUAUUUCGCCCAAACAUGAAGGAAGUUUCCAGAAAUUUUCAUCUGUCAUUCGCAAUCGGUCAAUCAUAACUUACUUAUUACUUGCCGCUUUUCUUCUACAAAACACAACGCCAAUUGAAGCUACCGAAAAAGUUCCCAACAAUGCCCCUAGAGUACCCCGUCGGAAUGAGUUAAACUUCAAGUUCAAGGACGACUACUACGACUACGAGUAUGGAGAGGGAGAUGAGAGAACUAGAGUGGAGACUGUAUUCAGAUCCAGACACUUCAUGCCCCUGUUGCAGCCGAGGGAGGAGUCAUGUUUCACGGUCAAUCUCAAGAAACACGACACACUCACUGUGUCAAUGCAGGUUUUGAGAGGCGGGGAUGGUAAACUGUGGCUGUUCAUCCGAGACCAGCAGACCAAGAAACACCUGGAUCCUAUGGCACCCUCCAAGCAGACCAACAGACAAGUCAAAACACCCCACGAUGGUAGUUUCGACAUCUGUUUGAGCAACCGAUGGGGUGCAUCCUCACCAAAAGUGGCCUCUCUUGACAUUUCCAUAUACCAACAACCAGACACUGUAGUUACCCCCACGGGCAUCGCAGAGGCUGAAAAUUUAGAACGAAAUGAGGGGAGUUCAAGUGUAGACACUGAACAAGAUGAUCCAUUCAGAGCAGGAGAAGAGGCUGAGAAGAAAAAGAGGGAAGAGGAAGAGAAAAACUACCUCGUCAACCUAGACGCAAUCAAGGUCCACAUCAGGUCACUCCAGAUGAAGAUCGGCCGGUCUCGAGUGGCGAUCAUGAGGGCCAGAUCCUUAGUCAUAAAAGACGCUUUCUUCCAGUCAGACCAGCAGAGAUGGAUCAACUCACUGUCCACUUUAGUAUGUGUGUGCAUGGUAGUGGUAUAUGUAUCCGAAGUGUACCUUAUUCGAAGAUGGUUCAGCGACACUCGAGGAUCUGCUAAGAAAGUGUACAGGGAUACUGGCAUGCGGAUCGGAUUGUAAAUAUUGAGAUUAAACCAGCAGUAACUUAAAAUGAUUGGUGGGAAAUAAACUAUUUUUAUUAAAAUAUAUGUACGCAUUGUAACAUUCGUCUACUGCAGUCACACAUGAGGCUUAAGAAAAAUAGGCCCUAUAACUAUUGGCUCAAGAGUCAGGGACACUAUCUCUUGUGUUUUUCUACCUCAAAUCAGUCGGAGCCAAUUCGGUUCGUUUGUGACAUGAGACUAC